UUUCUUUGCUAUCUGCUUCCAAAUUUCGUUUGCUCUCGAGUCUCGACUUCACAGUCUCUGUUAUUCGAGAUAACGAUCGAUGGUAAAACCUUUGAGAGAUGGUAAAUGAUAUUCAAUCUCAUAAAAAAAUUAAGGGUUGUGAUAACAACCACUCCGGUAGAGGUGACAUUGGUGCUUCAAUUAUCUCAGAUUUUGCAACAACAGAUACUUCUGCUUUAAGAAGGUUAACCAAACAGUUACCUUCAAAGAAGAAGACAGUGUUGAUCUCUGCAAUCACACAGAAGUCUGAAGGACUUGAGAAACAAAUUCUGCCAACUGCUCCAGUUAAGAGGAGGGCUGAGAGAGUUGAGAAGAAAAAAAUGCCGAGUCCUGUAAGAAAGUCUGAUGGGAAUGAGAAGCAGUGCUCUUUGAGUUCUUCAGAGUCGAAGAAGACUAGAAACGGUUUCAGUACAUUGGAUACCAAAAGAGAAAAGAAAGGAGAUAGAUGUGGGAAGAAACUGUUAUUUGAUGUCAGAGAACAAAGUAGUAGAAGUGAGGAGCUGACACAUGUGAGUCUGAGAAAGAAGAGAUUAGAUGCCCGUAGUUACAGGGCACUAAUCAGCUCUCAGUCUAGCUUGGCCAAAGAAUUAAGAGAUGGCAAUAAUAUCGGAACUAGGGAUUCAAUAGAAGGCAAGGAGGGUGCAGAAGAGUGCACUGAGCUAAAGGGAGAGGAACAAAGAAAACAAGAUAUGGCAGGAGGGGGUGAAAGAUCUACAGAAGGAUCCAACUCAGGAGAAUUGUCAUCCUUUAUCCAGAAGCAUAAGAUUCAUCCUGAUGACGAACAGGAUUCUGAAAAUGGAGAUGGUUUAGCAGUAUCCAAGUAUAGUCAUAGCUCUUUGCACUCAUCCCCAAAUGGAAUAAUUGGCAAAGAAACUGUUGAUGAUGCUAAAAAGGAUUGCCCAGCAAGGGAAGACUUGCAAACAUCAGAGUCAAUUGAAUCUACUUCUGAGGGAAGAUUACUUUCUGCUGAUGCUGAUAUUGGAAUGGAUGAAAAAUCUGGAGCUGUUAAAAGAAAUGCAAUGGAUAUGGAUUCUGAUGCUUCUGUGGCGGCAGCAAGCAAAGAGAUCUGUAGUUUUACUGCUGAUAUUGUUUCUUCAUCACCAUCUGGUGGCAGGAGAGGUAACACUAUUGAGAGUUGCAGUAUCUGUUCUAAAAGACAGAGGGUGGACCUUGAUUCACGAAGUCAGGUAGUUUGUUCUUGCAAACAAAAAAAGAAAGGGUCAUCAUUUAAAUUGUCAAAGUUUCCCAAUGGAGUCCCUCCUGGACUAGAUAAUUGUCAUCUACGUUAUGUUAACAGGCUUCGCGAAUGUUGGCACAAGGACCAGAAUGCUCUUAUUAUUGACGAUCAAGAGCGAGUUAUAAGGGUGGUCUUAUUUAUCUUAUCAUUGCAACCUGAUGUAUGCCGGCCAUUCCUCAUUAUCUCUUCUUCAACUGUUCUUUCUGUUUGGGAAGCUCAAUUCUUGCAUGUAGCCCCAUCUGUCAAUGUUAUAGUCUAUGAUGGGAGCAAAGAUGUACGGAAGACUUUAAGGUCACUGAAAUUUUAUAAGGAAGGUGGUUGCAUAAUGUUUCAUGUACUUUUAUCACCGCCAGAUGCUAUUAUUGAGGAUUUAGAAAUCUUAGAAUGCCUGGGAUGGGAGGCUAUAAUAGUUGAUGAAUGCCAACAGUAUGGAGUUGCAAAACAUCUUGAACAAAUUAAGAUGCUGACUACUGGUUUUAGGCUUCUCAUUUCCAGAGGUCAAGUAAAGGAUAGUAUAACUGAGCAACUUAAUCUUCUCUCAUUCCUUGACCCUGGAACUGAGAAGGUCAGCACCGAUGGUUUGAAGGGCUCUAACAUGAGCAAGCUGAAGGAACGGUUGGCACAGUUUAUUGCAUUUGAGCAUAAGUUGAACUCCUCUAAGUUUGUAGAAUAUUGGGUUCCUGUCCAGCUUUCCAAUGUGCAGCUCGAGCAGUAUUGUGCUACUCUUCUCUCAAACUCUAUGUUACUUCGUUCAAAUUCAAAAAAUGAUAUUGUCGAGGCCCUUCGUGACAUCCUUAUUUCUGCCAGGAAGUGCUGUGACCAUCCCUAUCUUGUGGAUCAAUCUUUGCAAAGCUUGCUCACAAAAGGUCUUCCAGAGACUGAAUACUUGGAUAUUGGUGUGAAGGCAAGUGGAAAGCUACAACUUCUCGAUUGCAUUUUGUCUGCCAUUAAGGAUCGAGGGUUAAGAGUGCUGAUCCUUUUUCAGUCAAUUGGUGGGUCUGGACGGAAUUCUAUUGGAGAUAUCUUAGAUGACUUUCUACGCCAAAGGUUUGGUCCAGACUCUUAUGAACGUAUUGACAGUGGAUUGCUCAGUUCAAAAAGGCAAACUGCUUUGAAUUUAUUUAACAAAGAGAAGGGUAGAUUUAUUUUCCUAUUAGAAAAUCGUGCUUGUCAUCCAAGCAUUAAACUUUUUUCAGUGGAUACUGUUAUUUUAUUUGGUAGUGACUGGAACCCUUUUAAUGAUUUAAAAGCCCUGCAAAGGAUCACUAUUGAUUCACAGUUUCAACAAUUAAAAGUAUUCCGUCUAUAUUCAUCGUGUACCAUGGAAGAAAAAGUUCUAAUUCUGGCAAAGCAAGAUGCGACUCUUGACAGCAAUGUGCAGAAUAUAAACCGUAAUACUAGUCAUACACUACUCAUUUGGGGUGCAUCCCAUUUAUUCAAUCAACUGGAUGAAUUUCAUGGUUGUACAACCCCAGAUUCAGGGUCAAACUAUUCUUCGGAGCAGCUGAUGAUGAAUGUAGUGGGGGAAAUGCUGAUGCUAUUAACCUGCAACACUAAAAACAAUGAUACAAGAAACUGCUCGAUCAUCGCAAAAGUUCAGCAGAGUGGAACAGCCUAUCCAAGAGAUGUUUAUUUAUUUGGUGAAUCAGAAAGGCAGUUAACAGAUGAAGUGCCACAUCUAUUUUGGGAGAAACUACUGGAGGGUAGGAAACCUCAGUGGAAAUAUACCUCUAGGCCUUCUCAGAGGGUUCGGAAGAAAGUUCAGUAUUUUGAUGAGAUGUCAAAGAAACCAGAAGUUCCAAGUGAUGAAAAUAUAAAGAAACAGAAGGUGGUCAAUAACACAAUUGAUCCAAUCUCGCUCAGACAUUGUCUUGAAGAUGAAAGGAAAGGAAUUCCUGGGGAAGAGGAAGGAAGGACCACAACUCAAGCUGGUGAUGGAUCUCAAUCUCUGCUACAGUCAACAGUUAAUACGUAUAGAAAAAAUCAUGUGAAGCUUGCUCUGUCCAAUAUUGCUAAUGAUAUCUCUAAAGCAUCUGAAUUUCAGUGGGUUGAAUCUGAAGGAAGAAAAUUACGUAAUUCGCAGAAUAGCCUUCACCUCUUUUUGAAGCCUGAGAUAUCAAAACUGUGUGAAAUCCUACAAUUUCCGGAGGAUGUCAAGGGCAUGGCUGGAAGGUUUCUUGAAUACAUAAUGAACAACCAUCGUGUCAGUAGAGAACCGGCAACCAUAUUACAGGCUUUUGAGAUAUCCCUGUGUUGGGCUGCAGCAUCUUUGCUGAAGUACAAGAUUGAUCAUAGUGAUUCACUUGAACGUGUGAAACAACUAUUGAAUUUUAACUGCAAGGAGGAAGAAGUAGAAUAUGUCUACUCAAAAUUGCGGGUGUUGAAAAAAGUUUUUUCUCGUCAUACGGAAAAUGUUGAAAAAUCUAAUUUGACAAGAAUUGAUACACCAAAAACUAAAGAUAUUGCAGAAAGCCUUUUGCCUGUGAUGAAUUCACAACCAGCAGCUUCUGCCCAGCAACAGUUGGAAGGAGAUAUCAGAGAGAGUUCUGAGAGUAAUAACUGCUUUGGUCAAGAGGUCUCUCUCAAACAAGGGCAUGCUUUCAAAAAUGCCAAUGGAUUAAUCAAAAAUGAAUUCUCCAACAAUGUUGAACUAGUUGAAAAUAUUUUUGCUGAGAGAUUAAAAAGGCUCCUCCAAAAGCAACAGGAGGAAGUUCAAAAAUUCAAUAAGAUUAAGGAGAAGGAAAAGGCAGAGCUGGAAAAACAGUGCCAAGUGGAAGCUGUCCUUACACGUACCAUUAACAGCAAUUUGGUGACUAGAUUAGAUAAAUUGAAGAGACUAGAUCAAGAGCAUUCUAGAAAAAUGGAACAAUUCAGUCAUCAUAUGGAGUUGCAACAGAAAAAUCUUGAGAAUUUGCUUCUGGCUGCAAGGAAUGAGGAGAAGCGAAUGACGGCUCAUUGGUUGGAGCAAGCAAAAUCUGGGAGACCAAUGGAGGAAAUUUCUAAGCUCCCUUUGCCAAAUAUUGUGCUCAACUUUGAAAAACUGGAAGCCAGUGAAAAAGGAGCUCCUAUAUCUGACCCUUCUUUAGAAAAACAGUAUCCUGAUGGAAAUGUACCAACAGUGGUAGGUGGAGGGGCACCAUCACGAAUUCUUGAAUCUGUUCCAGAUGGGGUGGAUAACGUCUGCAGCUCCAUGGGAACAGUAAAUCCUGCAAAGUUGUCUAGUAGAAUGGAUGCCUCAACAAUGUCAGGUGGAACGGUGCCAUCAGAAAUUGCAAAUAAUGUAGACAGGGGCAGAAUCUCUAUGAAAACAUUAAGCCUUACAACACAAUCCAGUGGGAUGGAUGCAUCAAUAGUUCCAGAUGGAGUGGUUCUAUCCAAAGGUCUGGAAACUGUUCCAAAUGAAGUGCACAGGGACAGCAUCCCCAUGGAAAAAUUUACUUCUACAAUGCAAACCAUUGGUCUGGAUGUAACAGGAAUGUCAGGUGGAGUGGUUCCUUUUGAAGUUCUGGAUACUUCUUCAAAUGAGGUGGGUAGGCUCAGCAUCCCCGUUGAAACGUUUACUCCUUCAAUGCAAUCCAUUGGGCUAAAUAUACCAGUAGUGCCAGGUGGAGUGCUGCCACCUGAGGUUCCAGAAGAAGUGGAUGAGAGCAACAUUCCCAUGGAAGUAGUAAAUCCUUCCUUGCAGCCUAGUAGAUUGGAUGGUGGAAUGUGUACUGUAGCCUCAGACAGAAUAGAUCUUGCUGAAGUUGAGCAGCAUACUAUGGCAAGCAGUCCCAACAAUGGAGAAAUAUCUCCCUUGGAGCUAACCGAGAUAGGUACAUCUUCAGAUCAUGUUAUGUCUGCUCAGGGUAAUACGUUACCAUCCAGUCAGGUGCUUUCUGUUGAACAUCCUGGACCACCCAUUUCAACAUCAGUGCAAGUUGAGGACUUGGGAUAUUUUGAUGGGAAGAAUCCUCCUCAACAAGUCAAGGUUCCAGCACUACAACCGGAUAAUGUUGCAUGGCCUGAUCAAUCUAAUCAUAAUAUCUUGGUUACAUCACCUUCUAUGCAAUUGCAGCUGUCUCCCUCUACAGAUCCAACCUCUAAACACAAUCAACUUGAUGUAACUUUAGUUACAGGAAGAUGUGAACCAGGUAAAGAAGGGGGUACUUCUUGCCAACAGGCUCAACUACAAAUUGAGGACCUAGCUCAGCUACCUAACCAUUCUGUAGCCCAGCCUGUUACAGAUUCAUCACCAGGAUCCCUUACAGGAACACCUGUUGGAAGCAUUGGGUUACCUGUUUCAGAUCCCAGAAGCAUGGGCACUCAUCCAGAAUCCAGUAGCUGUCAACAAACUGUGCCUUCAGGUGGAAGUGAAGUACAUAUUUUGGAUACUAUAAGUGUAGUCACCGUUUCUGAAUCCAGUAGUUGUGCUCCAUCAACUGUUCCUGUGAUUCCACAAGUGGCUCCGCCUUUUCACCAUGACCUGCUUCAGGAGGAACUGAAAAGAAUACAUGAAGAGAAGGAGCAAACCAUCAAGAUACACAAAGAUAUGAAAGUACAGCUUCAAUUUCAAUGUGAUAAGGAGAUAGAAGAGAUACGUAAGAAGUAUUCUGCGCAGCUUCAUAAUGCUGAUAUAACAUUCAUGCAAAGAGAAAAGGAACUUGUGGUGAAUUACAACAAAGUUUUAAUGAACCAGAUAUUGGCUAAGACUUUGAGAACCAUAGACCAGCAAGUUUCAGGUGUGUAUUCCAGUUUGUUUCAGCAGUUACUUCAGCUUCCAGGUUUGCAGCAGGUGCAGAAACCUCCCACUGAUGCUGGUCCAUCUGCAUCCUCACCCCUGCAGGUAGUCCAUCAUUUUUGGGAACUUUUCUCUAGUAGUCCUGUUAGAUCACAGUUCAACCCCGUUGUCCCUUCCACAGGAAACCUCCAGGUUGGUACUGAACCACAAGCCCUGGCCACACACCUCCAAACCUUUAGACCAGUAACAUCCAUGUCGGUACCCAAUCCCCCUUCCAUUCCCCAUUUAAUGCCGACUCAGAAUUUCCUUGGUAAUACCGCCACUACUCCAGCACCCAGUUCUAUGCCUGGUCCUUGUACAGUGCCCAGUCAGCAGUCCCUUAGUAAUCCUGCUACCACAUAUUCAGUGCAGCAUCUAUUUGCUCCUCAUCUGCUUACCAACCCAUUGUUGACAAGAGAAAGUCAUCAGAUGGAAAUUGCGGGUGCAUUGCCGAUUUUCCAUAAUACUUCCAUGUCUUCUCUUGAUCUUCUGAUGGACAUUGACAACAGCCAUUUUACAAGUCAACCACAAAUGUUGCAGACUCAUCUACAAUCAAAUCCAACCAUGGACAUGCCAGACACAUCUACACUUGUGACAGCCAGUGGGUUACAGGGAGCUGCAGCUAGCUCCUGCACAACUGAUGUUGUUUGCUUGUCUGAUGAUGACUGAUUGUGUGGAUGAAAAGGUUUUUUUUUUCUUUGUUUUUGGGUGCCUUUUGGGAUGGAAUGGCAAGAUGCCUUUGUAAAAUAUUGAAACAUAUUGUAUAUAGUCAAAUUGCCAUACAGCCUCUUGCAGCGCUGCUUGGGCCCUGGCUUCACGAAUCCUGUUUUGUCAUUCCAUUUGGUUUAAUGCCAUAUCCUUUGUUAGAGUAUUAGAGCUUAAA